AUGUCGUCUACCACUCUCAACAACAUCACAACGACAGAGUUCAACACAAGCUACAUUAAUAAGUCUUCACAAUCAUGGUUCGUUCCCCGUAUAUUUAAUUCCUUUACCAAAGCGGUUGAACAACAAGCAAAAGAUGCUAUACCUGAUAGAAAUGCUACGCUGAGUUUUGGCUACUUGGUUAGCCCCUAUGCUGGUGCAUGUAUGACUAUGGCUAUUAUCUUAAACAGAACAGUGGUGUUUGCAUCUUCAAGAAGAAAUAUCAACAGAUUAUCCACAGUUCCGAAAAUUGCAUUAAGAAUUAUUUCAAUAGCUGUUCUAAUCAAAGCUUUAUGGGAUAUUUUUAUGCAGUUCACUGUUAUCACACCAGAUGUUAGAAAAUUUGUUGGUGCUUUUGUCAGUGGUGAAGUACCAGAGGUUAACAUUUUUCUAUGGAGAAUCUUUAUUUCAUUAUGCAUUUCACAAUUUAUUGAAACAUUUGUGUCAAUUACUUCAAAUCAGUCAGCUCUUAAUGAUACCGGGUUAACUUUGUUUGAGCAUUCACUAGCUUUCCAAGAAUGUCAAUUCCUAUCAAUCCCAUCAUCACAACUACUCUUCAUAUGUCUUUUUUCGAUUAUCAACCAGCUUGUGAUACAUACCCUUGGGAUAGCUAAUUUGAAAAAAUAUCAACUCAUACCAUCAACAGUCUUGGGUGUUUCUUUUUUGAUCUUUUAUUGUUAUAAUAUAUAUACUGGUGGGCUGGUGUUUUUCCCAACAGUGGUUAUUGUAUCAAUUAUUCCACAGUUUCUGGUGUUUUCAAUAAUAUUUCUUUGUCUUCUGAUUUAUUUUCUAGCUGUGCUCGUGAAUCAAGAUUCAUCAGGCUUAACAUACACAACCAUGGUGAGAAACUUGAAAUCCUCUAUCAAUCUGCAACUAAAUGAUGAUUUUCAUUCAGCAUUAAUGAGAUUUGGUUAUAUUAUGUUCAAUGCUGUGGAAAAGGAAGAGUAUGUUAAUGAGUUAUCAAAUUUGACCCUGCCAAGUACAACAUAUCUUGAAUCAAAUGGACAUUUGGUUAGUGGGUAUUUAAACAAUGUUCAAAGUAACCCAGAACUUUCAUCUCAGCAAUCUCAGAAAGUGGUGGAUGAUGAUGAAUUCAAAAAUUCAAAUUUUGCUAGAAGAAUGGUCAAUUGUGCUAAAUUGAUGGGUGGUAUCGUUAGGUUGGUAUUCAAAAAGAAAAAGAAACCAACUAAUGAUUUACCUGCAUCCAUAUCUGAUCAACCUAAGGCAUUUAGUAAUUAUGAAAUAAAUUCAGAUAUAACCCCAUCAGAUUAUAAGCUAUUUUUAUCAAAUGAUUCCAAAAGUUUAUUGCCAGAAAAUGAUUCUUCUGAAGAUUUUGUUUACGAAUCUGAAUCUGAUAUUGAUCCAUUAGAUUUCGAGUCAGACAUUGAGGAUAUUGAUGAAAUUGAAUCUCCAGGUUAUCUUUCAUCAGCUGCAAUGGCCAGAUUAUACGAUUCGGGAAACUUAGCUCAAUCUAUUGCAACCGAGAGCCCAACCAAACAAAGAUCUCAUUCCAAAGCCAUUGAUGAGUUAAUUGGCUCAAACGAUUUAUUAGAACUCAUUACACCGAAAAAUAUAGAACAGGUUUCAUUCCUCAAUAGUUUAAGAACACACAUGAUUGAAGAUAAGAGAUUGACCAGAUCAUCAUAUUCAGAAAUUAAUCAAGAUGAAUUAUUAAGAGAAGUCAUUUUACAAAACAGAACCGAUCAUCAUAAUCAUAGUCAUCAUGAAGAACCUCAAGAACUUGCAUGUGUUGUUUGUCAAACGAACAAUAGAGAAAUCAUUGUUUGGCCUUGUAAGUGUUUUGCAUUAUGUGAAAAUUGUCGUAUUUCGUUAGGUGUGAGAGGUUUUAGUAUUUGCGUUUGCUGCAGAAGAAAAGUUGAUGGUUAUAGCAAGAUAUAUAUACCUUGA